ACAAGUAAAGCAAAAAGUAGAAAACGCAUAGGGAGAGGAAUAUGAAGAACUUCCCUUCCAACCAAACAGCCAACGAGAAAGAACUUCCCUUCCCUUCCCUUCCCUUCGUACCAAGCCGUCUUCAAUUUGAUCGCUCAGGUCAGUCAGCCUUGUCGCCGCCGUCUUCGCCACCAUGUGGCGCUCUUUCUGGCGCUCCAUCGACCGCUUCUCGCUCCAGUACUUCAAGUACGUAAUCAAUGAACUGCGGAAGAUCAAAGUUGUGGACGGGCAUAACAGGGAACUAGUCAUAGAUUUAUUACAGUCCAUAGUGGAGCUAGUUACUUAUGGCGAUAGACAAGACCCAUUGAUUUUCGAAUACUUUAUGGAAUACCAAGUUUUAUCAGACUUUGUUCGUGUGCUAAGGAUCAGUAGAAAUUCAAGAAUUGAGGCACCGUUGCUUCAGUAUCUGAGUAUAAUGAUUCAAAAUAUGAAUAGUGACCUUUCAAUUUAUUAUUGUUUUAGCAAUGACUACAUCAACAAUAUUAUAGGACACAAGUUUGAAUUUGGAGGAGAUCUAGCGUUAUAUUAUGUUUCCUUUUUGAGAGCAGUGGGCAAUAAAUUAAACAAAGAUACACUUUGCCUUCUUCUGAAGGUUCACGGGGAUGCUGUAGUGUCAUUUCCCCUGUAUGAUGAGGCUCUCAAAUUUGCCCACCAUGGGGAUAAGAUGAUUCAGACAGCUAUUUGUGCAUUAACUCUCAGUAUAUAUAAUGUUAGUGAUAAUAUGGUUUAUCAAUAUAUAACAACUCCUCCAGUCUCAAAGUAUUUCUCAGAUAUGGUUUCAAGCUUAAGCAAGAAGUUCUGUCAUCUAGAUGCCCUUGUCCACGAUGCAGAGAUGCGUACACGUCAAAAGAAAGAAGAAAUACUUUUGGAAACUGAUAAGAUAGUCGAUGAUCUGUAUUACUUGAAGGACAUACUUGGUAUUGGCGAGUCUCGUUUGAGUAGAGCAGUUACUGAAAAUCUUCUUAGAAUAUUAAUCGUUCCCAUAUUACUCCCAUUACUGCAGAUGGGGCAGAGUAACGGCUCAAAUCUGUCUGCAGUUACGUCUUUCUAUACUAUUUCUUGUCUUCUUCAAGUCAUUGGUGGAAAAGGCAUGUUCAACUCUGUCGCCGAAGUUAUUUUAUAUCCUCAUAUGGCCUCAAGUGUGAGAGAUGCUGUUCAAGGGGACUCAACUGAGAGCGAUGGUCAUGCUAAAUCUAUAUUGAGUGAAAUGGGAAUAGUAUCUUCUAGUCAUGAGACUGAAGGAGCAGAAAAUAAUAGCCUCCUUACUGAUACUGUCUCUAUCAAAAGGAGUGGAAUACUAGCACAUAUUUUCUCCGAGAAUCGUAGUCUAUUGCUAGCAUCACUAUUCUUGUUGUUUAUUUUAGCAGAAACGAAAGAUCUUCAUCCUUUGCCGGCUCAAAUGACUGGAUUAAGUGGAAUGCAAUAUAUGAUUGAUGUGGAUGGUAGUAUUGGAAAUCUCCUAUGGAAACAUAUGGAUGUGAUUUUAAAUGCAUUAUUGAAGGUUUUAGCAAGUCAACCACCUUACUCUAUACUAAUACAAUGGCAUACAGGGUGGUUCUUGCGGAAGCUUUUGAUUUGUCAAGGAAAAGGGCUUAGCGAUCAUAAUUUCCAGCUAUUCAAUACCUCAUAUCAGCAGUCCCGUGAAUGUCUUCAGAAAGAACUUGAUGGAUGCUGGUUUGAUCAUAUCCCAGAGGCUUUCAGAAAUGAAUGGGCAAACUGUAAAGCAGCUCUCCUGGAAGCAUCCCAAUGUAAAGAUCCUUUUUUUGUUCUCGAGCUUGAUGUUAGCCAACAAACAACUGAUGGUGAUGCAACUUCAUACUUUGCUUUUCAGAGGAUGGUUGACAAUGUGAAGGUUUUUAUUCUCCAUCUUCAACUUAAAUCAACAAUUUCCAAAGGAGAAUUGCUUGAAGAGCCUUGGCUGGACAGCAGUGCAAUUGCUGAUUCUAGUAAUAUGCAUGCUUCAAAUGGUGUGUCUGCAAGCUUUGGGUCGGAGGUUGCUUUAGGAUCUGGAAUUCCAUGUAGAAUUUCAUUUUCCAACGCUGGAAUCAGGGAUAUCUACCUGAUACCUGUGGCAAAGAAAACAUCUGGAAAAGUGAUUCUUGCAGAGAAGCAUCCUUUCUGCAGUCAACGAGGAAUUGUACUUGCUAUUGCACCAUUGGCUGGUUUAAUUCCAAAAAUAGACGAGGAUCACCCGACAUGGUUGCAUCUUCAGAUAAGAGAGUUUGAACCAAAACUCCACAAAAGUAAAGUUAGAGGCCAACGUUUGGGGAAGUCCGAUCGUGUGGCUGAUGGGAGAUGGACACUUGGUUUUCCAAAUGCCAAAGCUUGCGAAGCUGCUCGAUUGUCAAUACUUGAGGAAACAAGGAAGCAAAGAUCCUCUGUCGAGAGUGUACUUGCUCCUCUCCUGCAGAAUAGUUGUCUCGGAAAUUUAUCAGAGAGCGAAGAUGAGUGAAGCUUUUAUUUGCGGCGUUGUAAGUUAGCUUGCCAACAACCUCAGUUGAGUUCUGUGUCUUUCUUCUCUCCUUUAUCUUUCAAAUUUUGUUACUGUCACAUAAAAGGGUUGUGCUCACAGUAGUUGUUUAUAAUCGUAGAUCAGUACUGAUCACCAAAUGUGUUAGCAAUUAAGGGCUUCGUUGUAUUGACUUUCUCAACAAUAAUGUUAAUAAGGUUUGGAUUUUCUAGCUUUA